AUGAUUGUUCUCCAAGAACAAAUAAAGAAAUUGAAUCUAGCAUUGACUACACAAAAGCUUAAGAGUCAUAUGAUGGAAAUGAUGCAAAAUCAGUUAAUUGCAUCUUCUAAGGGGGAUAAUAAGCCACAAAUUCCUCAAAUCACAGCUGGACCAGCAAGACAUCAAUUUCACUCUUCUUCAUCUAAAGAAAAGAAAAUUAAAGAAGAUGAUCAGGAUGAUUCCCAGGAUCCAAUGGAUUUUAAUGACAAUGAGGACAUGGAAAUGCAUCUUGGAGCAUUCCAUAAUUUAGAAGGCUUGGACUUUGAAAUGUCUGAUUUAAUGAACAUUAAUCAAAUUAAUCAUGGCAAAAAGAAGAAAUAA